UGACGUUGACAAUGACAUGUUAAUUGUUAUUGAUGUCUAAUAAAUUGCUUACAAAUUUGCUUUCAGAAUUAAAUAAAAAUACCUUUGCUAAAUUAUUCGCAAUGAUAAUAUAAAGUAUCGAAAAUUAUGCAUUCGCAUAAUUUCUUAUUAGUUCUCAUUCCAUUGAUUGCUGUUUGCGUGGCUGAGAGCGACCCAUAUUCAAAAGAACCAUAUCGUCCUUUGGGACCUUUGGUUCAAUGUACGUUUUUACCUUUAGAAUUUCUCGACUGUGACGAGCCUGUCGAUCAUAAAGGUAACGAAACGGCGAAGAAAGCGGUAAAACACGGAUGUGUUAAAUUCGGUGGCGUAAGAUACGAGGAUGUUGAGAAAACAAAAGUACAAUGCAAAGCUCUGGAUGGAAUCGAGUGUCACGGUACCAGAAGUUUCCUUCGUGACGGCUUCCCGUGUGUUAGAUACUCCGGUCACUACUUCACUACAACGUUAAUAUACAGUAUUCUGCUUGGUUUUCUUGGCAUGGACAGGUUUUGCUUAGGGCAAACUGGAACAGCUGUGGGGAAACUUCUUACUUUAGGUGGUCUAGGCAUAUGGUGGAUUGUUGAUGUUGUUUUAUUAAUAACUAAUAAUUUGCACCCUGAAGAUGGUAGCAAUUGGAACCCUUAUGUUUAAAAAAGCCUUAAAUUCUAGAAGAGAGAAAGUAAUGGUUGUUUACUAUGUCAAAUCUAUAUUAGAUUUUUAUACUUAAUAUUUAAGAUAAAAAAAA